AUGGGAACUUCGAGUGCAAAUGACAUGGACGUGGUCGUGGACGUGGACGUGGACGUGGACAUGGACAUGGACAUGGACGUGGACAUGGACGUGGACGUGGACAUGGACGUGGACGUGGACAUGGACGUGGACAUGGACGUAGACGUGGACAUGGACGUGGACGUGGACGUGGACGUGGACGUGGACGUGGACGUGGUCGUGGACGUGGACGUGGACGUGGACAUGGACAUGGACGGGGACGUGGACGUGGACGUGGACGCGGACGUGGACGCGGACGUGGACGCGGACGUGGACGCGGACGUGGACGCGGACAUGGACGGGGACGUGGACGCGGACAUGGACGUGGACAUGGACGUAGACGUGGACGUGGACGCGGACGUGGACGUGGACGUGGACGUGGACGCGGUCGUGGACGUGGACGCGGUCGUGGACGCGGUCGUGGACGUGGACGUGGACGUGGACGUGGACGUAGACAUGGUCGUGGACGUGGACGUGGACGUGGACGUGGACGUGGACGUGGGCGUGGACGUGGAGGACGUGGACGUGGAAGACUUGGACGUGGACGUGGACGUGGACGUGGACGUGGACGUGGAUGUGGACGUGGACGUGGACGUGGACGUGGACGUGGACAACGUGGACGUGGAUGUGGACGUGGACGUGGACGUGGACGUGGACGUGGAGAACUUGGACGUGGACAUGGACGUGAACGUGGACGUGGACGUGGACAUGGACGUGGACAUGGACGUGGACGUGGACGUGGACGUGGACGUGGACGUGGACGUGGAGGUGGACGUGGAGGUGGACGUGGACGUGGAGGUGGACGUGGAACGUGAACGUGGACGUGGACGUGGACGUGGAGGACUUGGACGUGGACAUGGACGUGGACGUGGAGUGGACGUGGACGUGGACGUGGACGUUGACGUGGACGUGGACGUGGACGUGGACGUGGACGUGGACGUGACGUGGACGUGGACGUGGACGUGGACGUGGAUAUGGAGGUGGACGUGGACGUGGACGUGGACAUGGAGGUGGACGUGGAGGUGGACGUGGACAUGGACGUGGACAUGGACGUGGACGUGGACGUGGACAUGGACGUGGACGUGGACGUGGACGUGGACGUGGACGUGGACGUGGACGUGGACGUGGACGUGGAGUGGACGUGGAGUGGACGUGGACGUGGACAUGGACGUGGACGUCGACGUGGACGUGGACGUGGACUUGGACGUGGACGUGGACGUGGACGUGGACUUGGACGUGGACGUGGACGAGGACGUGGACGUGGACGUGGAGGACGUGGAGAACUUGGACGUGGACGUGGAGAACUUGGACGUGGACAUGGACGUGAACGUGGACGUGGACGUGGACGUGGAGGACUUGGACGUGGACAUGGACGUGGACGUGGACGUGGACGUGGACGUUGACGUGGACGUGGACAUGGACGUGGACGUGGACGUGGACGUGGACGUGGACGUGGACGUGGACGUUGACGUGGACGUGGACGUGGACGUGGACGUGGACGUGGACGUGGACAUGGACGUGGACGUGGACCUGGACAUGGACGUGGACGUGGACGUGGACAUGGACAUGGACGUGGACGUGGACGUGGUCGUGGACGUGGACGUGGACGUGGACGUGGACAUGGACGUGGACGUGAACAAGACGUGGACGUUAACAUGGACGUGGACAUGGACGUGGACGUGGACAUGGACGUGGACGUGGACGUGGACGUGGACGUGGACGUGGAGAACUUGGACGUGGACAUGGACGUGA